GCGCGUGUUUUUUUCGGUGCCGGUGUUAGUCGUCAAUGUAUUUGUGUAAUAUUUUGGAUGUUUGCAAAUUAAACGCUAAUAAAUAAUUUAAAAUGAAAACAAAUGCUAAUAUGAGCUAUCGGGAGGUUAUACCUAAAAACUUGAAUCCUGAGGAGUGGAUAGAUUUGGAAAUAAAUACAGGAACACAAAGUACAUUGCAGGACAUAAAGACCUUUGGGAAAUCCGGCAGCUUUUGCUAUAAUAACCUGAAAAAUAUUCAAAAUAGAAACCGAUUCAUAUAUUGGCGCACAUUUCAAGAUAUUGUGGAGCUCUCCGAAGUUAGUCUAGAUGUCACACUCUUAAAGAACCAUCUUCGUCUACGCUUUACUGACGCCGCCGUUUUGAAUGUUUCGCUCUCGGAACAGGAAAACAAUGUCACCUUGCUCGUGGUCACCGUGAGCAGCGUUCAUCGUAUCGCAUUUCCCAUGCAGAACGAUGGAUCAUCAGCUGGAGUGGGAGCCACGGCAGAUGUCCAAAAGCAUUCUGUGUUUUACGAUGUCAAUUUAAGCCAGAAGGAUCAGAGCACAUAUUAUGUGCUGGAUGGAAGUAUGGCUGUAAAUGUGCCUCAGUUAGCAGCAUCCGACAUGUCGGAGAAUGGCAAUGAAGCCUAUUUUGCUGUUGACUACCAGUCCAAGUUAAUGCUUCACGUUAUGAAUUGUCGCACUGGCAACACAGUGUCGCACGAAGUGAAAGAGUCAAAUUUAAUGCCACGUUUUCUAUCCAACUUAAAGGGUGCUUUAACUGGUCGAGGUGAUAAUUUGGAUGCAGCUGUUUCGAUGGUGUUUAGUCACAUUGAGGGAGAGAUGUAUCUCUUGGUGUUAUACAGAAAUAACGAGCUGCGCUUGUGGUCCGUGUCCACAUUGCAAACUGUUGCUUCGCUUAGUUGUGCGGAAUCCCAUGGAGCUCAAGGACCCCUAAAUAGUUUAAUGCGCAAAGUAGAUGACCAAAAUUUUUGCGUGUUUCUUUCGCAUGAAAAGAAUGCGGAGUUCAUUUGCCUAAGUAUUGUUUCCAAUUUAAGCGAGUCAAAUGCGAGAACAGUCAACUUAGCUGUAAAAAAAAAAGUACCCGCGCCUCAAAUGGACUUAGCAGAUUUCGAUGCAACAUCUUCGCACAUUUGGACAUUGUGGAGCAAUGCUGAGGGGGAUUUCAAUAUGUCUGCGAUCUUUUUAGACGUCAACCACACAAUCAAAUUGGUCACAGCUGUAUUGGAGCCACCACCAGACCGAUAUGGGCUAACGGUGGAGCAGGGUGUGGAUCCGCGCGAGGCAUACACAUCAUAUAUAUUUCAUCCUGGUCGCUUUGAUCAUAAUGUGAUCGCCAAGGCGCUAUAUAUGUUUCGACGUGUCAACUUGCAAUUUGAUAUCAAGCAACUAACGACAGCGAUGCUUAAGGAGCAGGUGUGCCAAGCUGUUGAAGAUGAAAUCCAAUGCGAACUUAAAGAUUUUGUUGUCAGCGACGAGGAGUAUUUGGAGAUUGCCGCCAGACUUUGGGAUCGAUUCUACUCUUGCUGUGAGCAAUAUCACGUCAAGUUCUCCGAGCCUAUUGGCCUGGCUGUUUUGGGUGCCAUGGAUGCUGUUUGUGUUGUUCGUCGACAGUCAUUUGCGUUAUUACGUCCAUGUGAAAUGUUGGAACAUCUAAUGCUGCCAGAGGAUCUUACCGGUAACGUCGUAGACUUUGUUGCAUCUUAUUGUGACAACGAUCUGCCAGCAGCAACGAGUUUUGUAAAGCUUAUGACUGUCAUCACUCAAUUGGAGAAGGUUCUAACUGAGGAUAUUAAAAUUGAAUUGGAUAAGAAAUUGUAUCAACGAGACGACAAUGCCAUCAAUAGUCUGUUGCUCCAAAUUACUUCAGGCGACGAGGAACUUAAUAACUACAAUGCCGUUAUAAUUCCGCGAGGAUCCAUCGACCAAGUACUUCUAAAACUGCGGUCAAUUACAAACUUAGACGCUGCCAUUAAUAUGCUACUCGACUUGCUUGCUAUUGUCGACCAGGACGCCUAUCCAGAUCCUGCAAAUGGCAUAUCAAGAUCGACGCGUUUCUUGCAAUCAACUGGAGCAUUGUUUGGCAGCGAGUAUGGCAUUUCCAUUCUAGCUGAAACUGUCAAACAAAUGUCCACGAUACGUUUCGGUGUUUGUCGCAAUCUGUUGAUUUUGCAGUAUAUACUUUGUGGGCAGGCUAGUCGAAAGAACUAUUCUAUCAAGACCAACAUUAAUUUCUUGAACUCGUAUUAUACGCUAGUCUGGAUAUCUGAAACACCAAUUUCUCUCAACACACCAGCCAAUUUCGAGGUGUCCAUGCAGCGAUUGACUCGGGCUCAACUCUUCAGCGGUUACAUUCGUCCCUAUUCAAGUCAAAUUCGACUAAAUAGCCAGACCACACUUUUGUGUUUAUUUUUGCAAUCAAAGGGAUUGUUUAGCGCACUUUCGAUUCUGAUAAAAGAUCACAAUCAAGCAAUAGAACAGUUACCAAUGCGCCAGACACUGUUACAGCUUGUUGGAUUUAUUAAUCAAAUGCUCUGGCCUGAAGCUUGGAAUGAUGUAUUUCCAGAGUGGCUAUUUGGUACUUGUCAUCACAUUAUCAUUCAGGACUAUGUUCGUUUAUUAUCUGGGUGGUGUGACGAAAAGACUAUUUCGCGAUGCUUUAUGCGAGCUGUUUCGCUAUUGGAUUGUGGUGAGCCGCAAAAGGCAAUAUUUCUGUUUGAACAAGUGGCAGAGAAUGUGCUCAAGGAACCGUUUCUGUUUGAACAAGUUUUGAAAAACACGCCGCUUUACUCGAAACUCGAAGGCAUUCUCAGCAGACAAGGUAUUGUGCCAACAAAGGAGGAUUAUAAAGUCGCUUUGGUGCACUAUUAUUUGAAAGUGAUACAAUUGUUCGAACAACAUUCGGCAUCAGAUUACAUCAUCCAAUUGGCUCAGAUGGCAAUGAGCAAGCUUCAUGUUGACGAUCCACAGCUGCCUAUGUUCCAAUCGAUUGUUUUUAACAAUCAUUUACUGCUGGGUCACUAUGAGGAAGCAUAUCAUGCUUUGGUCUAUAAUGCUGAUACUUCGCGACGCAAGGACUGCCUUCGUCAGCUGGUCAUAAUGUUGUUCCAAAGUAAGCGAUUUGAUUUGCUCAUGCAAUUGCCCUAUAAUUGCUUGCAGGAGGAGUUUGAGAACAUUGUCGAGUCCCGUGCACGCUCACUUAGUAUUGAUCAAAAUGAAGUAUACAAUUUCCUUUAUGCUUUCCAUGCCAAUAAAGGCAACAUGAGGAAGGCUGCAACUGUCAUGUAUGAGCAGGCAAUGCGUUUGCAGGUUGACAGUGAUGCUCCCGAUGCUCUGCAGAAGCGCUGCUCUGCGCUGUUGGUUUGCAUUAACUGUCUGUAUUUGGUUGAUAAGCGAUACAGAUGGAUUGCAAAACCGACAAUUGGGGACGACAAGGUCUUGAUGGAACAGGAUAAUGAAGACGCUACAAAGCUGGACACUGGAUGUGUACAAGACGUAAUUGUACUUGAAUUGGCCGAUGUACGUCGAGAGCUGCUGCAUGCGGAGGCCCUAAAAGAACUCUCGUAUCAUCGCAAGGACAUGUCCGCUCACGAGAUGGCUGGCGCCGAGGAACUUUCCUAUCUCUUGGCGACCUGCGGACUCUAUACAGCAGCUCUAAAACUCGCCCGUGGCAAUGAGUUCUCUGUGCUGCCCAUAUUCGAGAGUCUUGCAGCCGAGUGUGUUAGCACCACGGAGGAUAAGUCUAAGGAUUCCUGGGCUUGGUUGCAAAACAAUGAUUUGGCAGAUUUGGCGCAUCGCAACAAUGCAGCAGAUAUGGCUUGGUCGUUGCUGCAGAAACUCGUUAUUGAUAAUGAACUGAGCGAAUCGACUUUAGUUCGCAAAGCUGUUGUUAACCGCAUACUCACAUUGAAUGCAUUUGUGCCACAAUGGUUGUACGACUCCUACAAGCUGGCCAACAGUCGGGAACUGUUGCAUCUCCUGGUGAAGCAUCAUCGAUUGCUCGAUGCUAGCGACUUGGCAUGCGAGAUGAUUGGAGGCAUGUUGGGAGCUGGCAGUGAAUACUUCGACUUCAAGCAUUCGGUCAAUGUAGCUAAUCCACAGCUAUCAUUUCCUAUCAACACUAUCGAUUUGUUGCUGCAUGGUUUAAGGAUUAAUGGCAAAGAACAUCUUGAAUAUGAAAUGGCACACCUUAAGCUAGAGGAAGAAGUUUCUAGGUACAUCGAAACAGUUAAACGCACUACAGAGGACAAAAUGAAGCUAGCGAUUUUAACGGAUCGAGAAAACAGACAGCAACGACAAAUUUUUGGUUGAAAUAAUUUCUCA